AUGGGAGACCACACCGAAUAUAUAGCCAAGCACAUCAACACAGACCUCCAUUUCUGGAGACGCCCGGAUGUCGACAAUAGUGCCCAAGUCGACGUUGCCAAUGAUAAAACGGAGGAUAACAGCAAGAAAAUGCACGUCUCAGAUGGGACGCAUCGGGUGCAAAUACAGGAUAUCCGAGGAAAGGAAUCAUCCUACACACUUGACAAGAACGGAUUUGUAUACGUGUCGCACGAUAUGCCCGAUCUCGACAAGGUCUCGGACAAACAGCAUGUGAAAGAUACCAUCAUCCCUCAGACUGAAGCAUUAGUUCGCAAAAUAACCGGUGCUACUAGAACCGUCACAUUUGUACAUCGGGUACGAUGUCUCGCCGCAGACACAUCCUUGCUCGCUAACAACCGCGCCCCUGCGCACGACGUGCACUCAGAUUUCACGCCGACAGGUGCACUCCAAUACCUGAAGACGCAUAUUCCGGACGAGCAGGAGCGCAACCGUCUCCUCGCUGGCCGGGUCUUGAUUAUCAACGUCUGGCGACCGUUGAAGACUAUCCAGAGAGAUCCCUUCACGGUUUGUGACUGGAGUUCCGUUAGUAUCCGAGACGAGGGUAUUCCCACUCGACUAAAGCUGCCAAGUGGGUGGAAUGAACUCGGUCGGUAUGCGUUUAGUCCGAGUCAGAGAUGGUGUUAUCUCAGCGGUCAACGACCCAAUGAACCCCUUCUCUUCACGCAAUUCGAUAGCUCCAAAAUGGAUGAGGGUGGCUUCACAGUACCGCAUACUGCGUUUGUUGACCCGGAAUAUAGUGACUCUGCUGCAAGGGAGAGUCUAGAAAUCAAGAUGUUUGCAUUUGUCUAG